AUGUUUUCCGAUGUUCUUUUGUUGCUGUUGUUGACGAGUUUGCACGGUUCCAUCGCAAGACCGAACCGGUUGGAGUGGGAGUCGGUGAUCAGAUUACCGGGUGAACUGGUCGAUGCCGACGUGGAUGAAAUUGGAACACGAUGGGCGGUUCUUGUGGCUGGUUCGAAUGGUUACGGCAACUACAGGCACCAAGCAGAUGUGUGCCAUGCAUACCAGCUGCUAAUAAAAGGAGGAGUAAAAGAAGAAAACAUAGUGGUUUUUAUGUAUGAUGAUAUUGCAAACCACGAGUUGAAUCCUAGGCCUGGGGUUAUCAUCAACCAUCCACAAGGUCCCAAUGUUUAUGAUGGAGUUCCUAAGGAUUACACCGGUGACUACGUGACAGCAGAGAACCUAUAUGCUGUUAUUCUUGGGGACAAGAGUAAAGUUAGGGGUGGAAGUGGCAAGGUCAUCAACAGCAAAGCAGAGGAUAGAAUAUUUAUAUAUUACUCUGAUCAUGGAGGCCCUGGAGUUCUCGGGAUGCCAAAUAUGCCAUAUGUAUAUGCUAUGGAUUUUAUUGAUGUUUUGAAGAAGAAACAUGCGUCUAGUGGUUACAAAAAGAUGGUUAUAUAUGUGGAAGCUUGUGAAAGUGGUAGCGUUUUUGAGGGUAUAAUGCCAAAGGAUAUAAAUGUUUAUGUGACAACUGCGUCCAAUGCGCAAGAGAGUAGUUGGGGAACUUACUGUCCUGGUGUGGAUCCUGCUCCACCUCCAGAGUACAUCACUUGCCUCGGCGAUUUGUAUAGCGUUGCUUGGAUGGAAGAUAGUGAGACACACAAUCUAAAAAGGGAAACGGUGAAACAACAAUACAUGUCGGUGAAGGAACGGACUUCAAAUUACAACAACUACGCAUUAGGUUCUCAUGUGAUGCAGUAUGGCGAUACCAAUAUAACCGAUGAAAAGCUUUAUUUAUACCAUGGUUUUGAUCCCGCAACGGUGAACCUUCCUCCAAACAAUGGCAUGUUAGAAACUAAAAUUGAAGUUGUAAACCAAAGAGAUGCAGAGAUUCUCUUCAUGUGGCAAAUGUAUCAAAGAUUAGACGAUCAAACCGAACAAAAGAGAGACAUUCUCGAGAAGAUUUCGGAUACAGUGAAACAUAGGAAUCAUUUAGAUGGUAGUGUGGAAUUGAUAGGAGUUUUAUUGUUUGGUCCAACAAAAGGCUCUUCAGUUCUACAAUCCGUUAGAGUUUCUGGUUUGCCUCUUGUCGAUGACUGGGAAUGCUUAAAAUCAAGGGUUCGGGUGUUCGAAACUCAUUGCGGGUCACUGACUCAGUAUGGGAUGAAACACAUGCGCGCAUUUGCGAACAUUUGCAACCGUGGUAUUUCUGAGGAAUCAAUGGAGGAGGCAUGUAUGGCAGCAUGUGGUGGUUAUGAUGUAGGGCUAUUACAUCCAUCUAACAAAGGUUAUAGUGCUUGA